GCGUUCCCCACCGACCACACAUUCCCCAGCCUCGGCUGCCUCUUUCCAGAAAACUUUUUCCAUCUUCAUCAGAUACUAAUAAGUACACUUAAAGGUUUUACGGGGCUUUUUUUUCCAGCGACACCCAUGGGAGAAAUGACGGAGGAAAAGAAUUGUUCGGAACUUAUUACUCAGAUAUUACAAGAGGCGCCGGCUGCCAGGAAGGACCUUGUUGAUAACUGCAGCAACCUCCACCGAGUGGCAGAUUACUGCGAUAACAAUUAUGUUCAGGCAGAAGAUCAAUCCAAGGCGGUUGAAGAGAUCAAGGCUUUGGUGAACCAGUCGCUGGCCAGUGUGACCUAUCAGAUUAACAAUGUGGCCAGCUCUGUGCUGAGACUGCUGGACUUACAGGCCAGGAAGAUUAAAGACAUGGAGUCCUCCAUCAACCUGCUGUCACUGGAUGCAGCUAUCCACUGUGAGAAGGUGGCCAGGAGAGAGAUCGGUGUGUUCACUACCCCCAAAAACAAGACUUUUUCCAAGCUUAUGACCCCACCAGCUUCAGGCAAGGAGCCCAUGGAAGCCUACUCAAGAGAGCCAAUCUCGUACUUCAUACUGGACAACAUAGGACACAGUUUUCAGGUCACUGAAGCGCCCAGAAAGAGAGCAGGAACUGCAGACAGCAUACAGAUCGCUGCAGACACCUCUUUCUCCAGUCACGGCAUCGCUGUGCCACCACCCUCAGUCCCCGCCAACAACAGCCUGCCUCCUCCUCCUCCAGCCUCUUCAGCCUGUUUGGACCCCGACCUGCCUGCUCCCCCGCCGCCUCCCCCACCACCUCCCUCUUUCUCCAUGGACACUGAUCUCCCCCCUCCGCCCACCUUCCCCUCGCCCACAGAUCUCCCCCCACCUCCCCCUUCACCUCCCCCUUCACCUCCCCCUCCACCAGCUAUAAGCCCGUCAAGCACCUUCCCGUCGCCACCUCGUCCCGUAUCUGCAGGUUCCCCUCUUCCUCCUCCACCUCCUCUUCUGUCAGGACCACAUCUCAACACUGGCACCUCUGUUAAUGUGCCACCACCGCCGCCACCGCCUCCCCCGCCUCCCCCACCUCCCCCACCUCCCCUAAGACUGUAA